GUCUCUCUCUCUUUCCAGCGAUGCUGCCAGUCCCUACCGGGUUACAGUCCUUUCUCCCUUUGUUUCCACCACCCACCUUCCGGAUCUGCCAGGAUGGGAGCUCAGGCUGGAAUGUGUUCCUUCGAUCACCGUGAGACUGGAGAGAGAGGCUGAGCGAGCGGGAGUGGGGAGAGGGAGGCGCAAGGACUAGUCCAGGGAGCUGUCACUUAGACACAAGCAGGGAGAGAGAGAGAGGGGGAAAAGGAGACAAGGAAGGGAAUCAAUGAUCCUCUCCUGGAAAGCCUCAAUCAGCAUCAACUCAGGAAACAGCAGGGCACAACCUCCACAUGGUAUCUGCAAAUUGCCAAAACCACUAAGGGGAAUGCACAGUUGGAAGAUCUUCUUUGAUGAAACUGACAAGCUGGAUCUUUGAUUGGUUUCACUGAACAGCUCCAGCCAUGGCCAAGUGACUGCCUGCUUUCCAAGGAACAAAACAGAAGAAUGAGCUGCUCCUUCUAAUUUCCCUCCAGAAAACGACCUGCUGGACAUGGCUCCCACAUUCAGCAGUGCCUUUGUCACUAUACAGAAAAUCUAUUACCCAUCACUAUGUGCAGUUGGGAUCCCAGCCAAUCUUUUGACAGUGUACACCAUCCACAAUAGGAAGUGUGGCAUGUCGAAGGUUGCAAGACUCUAUCUGAUUUCCCUGGCUAUUGUAGACUCUAUGUGCUUGUUCUGGGGAGGAAUUGUGGACCUGAGCUUGAGUUGGCUGGACCCUAACCUUUUCUGGAACCAUUCCCCAUGGUGCGGGCUGGUCACAGUCAUGGAGUAUGGCUCCGUAUUCAGCUCCAUUUGGAUUGUCAUUGUCUUUACCUUGGAGCGUUACUUGGUGCUAAGGAGCACUCAAGCCAGGCAGCAGUGCUCCCAGACUAAAGUGACCAUUCAGAUCAUCCUGAGUGUCAUUCUAGUCUCACAUCUGAUUGCAAUCCCUACCUAUUGGAUCAACAAUUCAGAGUUACAGAAUGUCACCUUGUACAACCAGACCUUUCAGCUGCCCAUCUGCACUUACAGUGAUAGCUUCUUUUCCACCGUGGUGGUAUGGUUCCAUACGUUCAUCUCGGGUGGCAUCCCCUACAUGCUCCUCAUCUUCUUCAACUGUCUGAUUGGCCAGCAGCUCUACAGGGCCAGCAGAAUGUUCACCCGGGAGCAGCUCAAAUCAAUAAACGGGGUGACCACUCGCAAACUGAUGAAGAAGUCCAUCCUGAUCCUCUUCACCGUCUCCUUCACCUUUGUGCUCCUAUCGCUCCCUCGCUUUGUCACCUACUGCAUCCUGAGGACAGCCUACAACACACCAAAGCACAACAGAGAUGACUACGGCCAGCUCAUCAAUGUGUUUGCGGAUAUCGGUAUUAUGCUGCAGUGGUUAAAUUCUGCCAUCAACUUCCUCCUCUACUGUGCCGUCAGUAAACAAUUUCGCUCAGAGUUUUUCCUCGUGCUGACCUGCCGGUGUAGGAAUGUGAGGACCCCUGCUUCACAGACACCCUUGAAAGUUUAUAGUCUUCAAGGAGCCUGGACUGAAGCUUCAUCGACAAUAUUUGCCCAGCAUCAUUAGUCCAUCAUCAGCUCCACACACCGCAAUGUGUUUCUGUUCUUAUCGUAAAAGACCCUCUCAGGAAAGGAAACAGUGAUCAUAAUAUAGUUGGAUUCCACACAAAUUUUGAACCUGACUUAUUUCGGUCCCAAGCAAAACUGUGAAAUAACUUUAAUAGGCCAGUAUGAGAACGGAGCCUUGCUGUGUCAAAAGACUAAAAUGUACUGCAGUAAAUACACUGUAGGAAAUUUUUAAAGAAACUGUUCAAAAUGUUCAACACAAACACAUGCCAUUAAACAGCACAAACUGAACACGAGUAAUCUAUCAGUGACUUACCAAGGAGGUAAUAUUAGGUGAUAGGAAGAUGAUAUUAGAUUAAAAGAAGAUAUUUAUAAUAUGCAAAGAAUACUAGUAAACUUGUAGUUUGGGAGCGUUUAAGAAAGGUCAACACAAAAAGUUAAUGAAAAGAGGCAGAAAAAUGAAUUAAUUAGCUGGGAACACAAAAACUGACAGUAAGAGCUUUUACAAAUCUACAAAAGAAGCAGAGUAGCUAAAGUAAAUAUUGGUCUCUUGGAGAUGACACAGGAUUUCUGGAAUUAACAUGUUGACCUAUGCAGACAAAUUGAAUAGAUGAGGCUCAUAUUCUCUGGAUUUUUUUUUUGUUCAUUCAUGAGAUGUAGGCAUUGCUGGGUAGACCAACAUUUCUUGCCCCUACCUCGUUGACCUUGAAAAGGCAGUGGUGAAAUGCCUUCUUGAACAACUCAGUCAUGUUUUGCAGGUAGACCCACAAAGCUGUUAGGGAGGGAGCUUAAUGAUUUUGACUCUACGACAGUG